UCCGCAUCCAGCUGAUCUGGCAUUAGCUCUUUAUUCGCUUCUAGCUGCAUAUGAAUGGACAAAAUUUACGUUUCUAUAUGAAUCUGGUACGAUUCCGAACUGAAUGGCGAUUACAAACCGAUUUUAAGAAGAGUGCGCAAAUCGACCGAUAACAAUAUAGUUGUAGUAGGUUCAACUAAUACCAUGGAGGAAUUCUUGAAACAGGCACAACAAGUUGGUAUUAUUAACGAAAGUUACAAUUACAUAAUUGGCAACCUGGAUUUUCAUUCCUUUGACCUAGAGGAGUAUAAGUAUAGUGAAGCAAACAUAACAAGCUUUCGCAUGUUUUCUCCAGAACAACCCAACAUGCAGAAUUUAUUAAAUUCAAUUGACUACACAGAUGUGGAAGAAAUCUUUAGAAAUGGAUCUUGUCCCAUAACAAUGGAAAUGGCUUUGACAUUCGAUGCAGUGCAAUUAUUCGCAGAAACUUUAAAACAUCAUAGCCUUCGUGCUAUUGGAGUUAGUUGUUCUAAAAAUAAUGACAACGUUUUAGAGGAUGGUUCUUCAUUUCGAAACUAUAUGCGCUCGAUGGAUAUUCAAAACAAAACAUUAACUGGUCGCAUUUUUUUCGAUGGAUAUGUACGUAAAGGCUAUACAUUUGAUGUUAUUGAAUUGCAACCCUCAGGUAUUGUAAAAGUUGGAAGUUGGAAUCAAAAUGACGGAUUCAGUGCUCAAAGACUAGCACCUACUAAGUCCCAAUUUGAUAAUGUAGAUAAUUUAUUAGCGGAUAAGACUUUUACGAUAUUACUAUCAGUAUCUAAUAAACCUUAUGCUAGCGUAGUUGAAAGUCAUCAAAUGCUAGAGGGUAACAACCGGUACGAAGGAUAUGGUGUUGACUUAAUAAAAGAACUGGCUGAUAAGCUUGGUUUUAAUUACACUUUCAUGAACGGUGGCAACGACUAUGGUACCUUUGAUAAGAACACAAAUAAAUCAACUGGUAUGCUUAAAGAUAUUAUCGAAGGUACAGCAGACUUGAUUGUAACAGAUUUAACCAUAACAUCAGAACGUCAGGAAGCAGUAGAUUUUUCAACACCAUUCAUGAGUUUGGGUAUUGCGAUAUUAUACGUAAAACCUCAAAAAUCAAAACCAGCGUUAUUUUCAUUUAUGGAUCCGUUCUCUAAAGAAGUGUGGUGGUUUUUGGGUUUAACCUAUUUGGGAGUAUCGUUAAGCUUUUUCAUACUAGGUCGUUUGUCCCCAACUGAAUGGGAUAACCCAUUUCCUUGUGUUGAAGAGCCAACUGAACUGGAAAAUCAAUUUACUAUAGGAAACUCACUUUGGUUUACGACAGGUGCCUUAUUACAACAAGGUUCAGAAAUUGCACCUAAGGCUUGGUCCACGCGACUAGUUGCUUCUAUAUGGUGGUUUUUUACACUGAUUAUAGUAUCUUCCUAUACUGCUAAUUUAGCAGCAUUUUUAACUAUUGAAAAACCAACGAGUUUGAUAGAUAAUGUGCAAGACUUGGCUAAUAAUAAAGGUGGUGUCACUUAUGGUGCUAAACGUUCUGGAUCUACACGAAAUUUUUUUUUGACCUCAAAAGACCCUCUUUAUAAAAAAAUGAAUGAUUUUAUGACAAAUAAUCCAGACUUACUUACUGAUUCAAAUGAAAAUGGUGUUGAACUCGUAAAAAAAGGUGUCAAAUAUGCUUUUCUAAUGGAAUCUACGUCAAUUGAAUACAAUACGAUGCGUGAAUGCGGUCUACGCAAGCUUGGUGAUGCACUAGAUGAAAAAGUAUACGGCAUCGCAAUGAGAAAGAAAUGGCCGUAUGCAGACAAACUUAACCAAGCAAUAUUGGAAUUACAGGAGCAAGGAGCUUUAGCGAAACUGAAAAACAAAUGGUGGAAUGAAGUUGGUGCUGGAUUAUGUUCUUCUAAAGAAGAACCACCAGACGCUUCCGCACUUAAUAUGGAAAAUUUAAAAGGUGUAUACCUUGUGUUGGUAGUAGGUAGCACUCUAGCAAUUAUUUACGGUGUUACUAGUUGGCUGAUAUAUGUUAUUUCAAAGGCUCGUGUGUAUCAUCUGCCAAUAAAAGAUGCAUUUAUAGAAGAGUUUAGAAUUGUGACUGAUCUCCAAACAUACACCCGAGAGCUGAAAAGUUCUGCCUCCGUAUAUUCAGUUAGCAAAAGUUCAUCACUCUCUAGCGCUGUAUCUAGUCAAGCUUUACAAACACGUCGGAAAUUGAAAACAUGAAGUUCUAAUUAAAAUAUUAAUAGUUUUAAAAGUGUUUGUAAAUACUUAUAUUUUGGAAUGUUAAAAUCACAAGCAGAUUUAAGUCUAUCUAAUAAAAAUUGUUUGCGAUAUAUUUU